AUGACGACAAAGCAAGAUUUAUUAACAAGUGUGGAAAAUGUGUUUCGAGUGACCAAUGAACAAUUAACUCAAUUGGUGGGAGGGUUUAAUGAAGAAAUGAAGGCAGGUUUAAAUAUCACCAAUCGAGCUACCAAAGGCAGCGAAUUAAAGAUGAUUCCGUCCUAUGUUACAGGCUAUCCCACAGGCAAUGAAAAGGGCACGUACUUGGCGCUUGAAAUCAGUGGUGUAGAUAUCUAUGUAUGUCAAGUCAAGUUAAAGGGAGAAGGAGGUAAACUUGCCAUCAACCAAUACCAAUACAAGAUCCCGGACAAUUUAACGGCAGGUGAUGAUAUCGGUGUCUUGAUUGACUAUGUUGCUGAUUGUGUGUCUGAUUUCCAACAACGAGUGGGUGCACAACAUCAACAUAUUUAUCCCAUGGCUAUCAGUAUUGGAUUUGCCGUGUUACAGACCAGUUUAAAUCGUGGCAUCAUUAUUGCCCUCGAACAUGGUUUCGAGUUCCCCAAUGUCAUUGGUUGUGAUGCUGUGGAUCUUUUUGACUCGAGGUUUAGAGAAAAGGGACUGGCUGUGAAAAUCGUUGCUAUGGCCAACGAUGGUGUAUGUACAUUGUUAGCACAUGCCUAUCAGCAUCCUUCAACGCGUAUCGGUGUGAUUCAUAGUGCAGGUACAAAUUGUGCUUAUUACGAUAAAGUGGCCAAUAUUGGCCAAUUCAGGCAGGAAAGUCAAGCUGCUGCUGCUCAGACGGACAUGAUUAUCAAUACGGAAUGGUGUAAUUUUGGCUCGAAACAUUUACCAAGGACCACCUUUGAUGAUGAAUUAGAUGCUCAAUCAAAUAACCCGGGCAUUCAUCACUUUGAAAAGAUGACAACGGGUAUGUACUUGGGAGAGAUCACAAGACAAGUGCUUGUUUAUUUGAUGGAUCAGAAUGUCUUUACAUUUGAAGUGGAUGAAGAUGAAGAUGAAUGUUUAUUAUUGGUUCCUUAUCAAUUCGACACCAGUUACAUGUACGUUUGUGAAGCGGAUAAAGACGAUUUAGAGGACACACGAUUGGUGUUGGAGGAUAUGUGUCGUGUGACUGAAACCUCUUUGGAAGACAGAAAGAUUGUUAAAAAAGUGUGUGAAUGGGUAGGUCAUCGUGCUGCCCUGUUGCUCGGUGCCAGUAUUGCUAGUGUGGUUAAAUAUAUGGUGGAAGAUGGUAUCGGUAUAGACGACGCACAAGGCUUUGCCAUUGCCAUUAGUGGUGAUGUGUAUAAGGACUACCCUUCGUUCCAUCCUCGUGUAUGUGAAGCUAUCAAGGCAUUAAUUCCUCAAGAAGUGGCAUCCAAAUUAUCGGUUGGUAUUGUUCAGCAUUCUCGUAUUGUAGGUGCGGCCAUUGUCGCCAUGAUGGCAGAAAAAAUGGACCAACAAGAUACCGUCAUGUCAUGA